ACGGUAUCACAAUUUUAGUAUACAUUACAUGCUAUUAAUUUUUAUCUAAUUAUAUCUCACUUUAUUAAAGUAAUGAGCAGCUCCAUAAUGAAAAUAAAGAAAUGCAUAUUAAAUAUUUAAAACGCUAUGUCGUUAGGAGUAGAGACCAUGUUCAUUCUGUAUUAUUAAACAGCUUCUUAAUCUCUUUUACGCUAAAAGCUCUGGCUAAAGCUCCGUCUCGUAUCUUCAUAUUAAAAGCCGCUAUGAAUAAGCGAGAUGGCUAUACACGCCAUAGUUCAACUCCGAUGGUAAACCAAUAGUUCCGUUUCGUUCGCACGCAUUGGCUUGUUUACGUGUGGAAGGGGGAACAUUUCUGUUGCGGUUUGGUGCUUCUGAGCUUAACUAUAGUUCAAUAUCAACUCUAUUAAGAAAGCUUUAAAGUUAGUUUUCGAGUAAAUAAUUUUGAAUAAGACAGUAGAAGUAACAGCUCCGCCUUAAAAAUGGAAGGUGGUAUGUAAAAAUUGAUGAACAUGUAUAGGAGUCCUUAAAGUGACAGAGUGCGCUGGCGUGUCGGGCUGUGUAUAUUGUCUCAAAAUGUCGUCGCGCGAGGCAGCAUUGUUUAUUAUCAAAAAGUGAUAAAUCAAAUGACUUUGCAAUAAAUACUUCAUCAUUUCAAAACUGACUUUGAAGUUGUUUAACAGUGAUUUAGAAAUGUUUGAGUGAACUUGAAAACUGUGAAUCGACAAUAGAAGAAAAACAUGUGAUGUGAGUUGGAUUUUAAUAGUGUGAAGACUGAAAACUGUUAACGAAUUUUUCUCUUCAUAUUUUUUACGCUAUUUACCCAUUUGAAAUGUGAUUCGAAUCAGAACCAAGUGAAAUAAAUGUACUUAUUGCAAAUGGUCCAAUAUUAAGUUAUAUCUAAAACAGGUACAUACCUAUAAUUGAUCUGCGCAGAAUUUAAGAGAAAACGUUAUGGCGGCCAUAUUAGGCGUGUGCCGGUGAUGCGCGUCGACCACGCCCACCAUGAGCUCGUUCCUCAUGAACGGCGGCUACCAGCCGCAGCCGGACCCCAAGUUCCCCCCCUCGGAAGAAUACAGCCAAGCCGACUACAUCCCUCCAGGGGAAUACUACCAGCACCAGCAUUUGCAGUAUGGUUAUCAGCACCAAUACCCGGUUCAGCUUGGUUCUGGAUACGGUUAUGGGGGGUAUUAUCAUCCUAUUCCUCAACAUCCACCAGUGGCGCCGCCGCCACGACCACCGGAGCCCUCGCAUCCGUCAGAAGCGGACCAUGGUUACGUCCCGCAUAACGAAGUCACUCCCGGUUUGGCUGAGCUUGGAUUAAGACUAGAAAGGCAUAUAGAGGAAGCGGCUCCGGCAGGGAGGAAGCUCCAUGCGUUGGGCAGAGAAGGAUCUCCCGCGUCAGAGCUUGAUGACGAGAGGCUGUUAUUGGACAGCCCGCCGGUAGAAGACGAUGAUUCGUCCAUAUGUUCUGAUAAUACGGACAGGGUUAUUUAUCCGUGGAUGAAGAAGAUUCAUGUCGCUGGUGCUUCUAAUGGCUCGUUUCAACCAGGGAUGGAGCCAAAGCGGCAGCGAACAGCCUACACCAGACACCAAAUCUUAGAACUGGAGAAAGAAUUUCAUUACAAUCGAUAUCUUACGCGGAGAAGACGAAUAGAAAUAGCCCAUACUCUAGUCCUGUCAGAAAGACAAAUUAAAAUCUGGUUUCAAAACCGGCGGAUGAAGUGGAAGAAGGACAACAAACUACCGAACACCAAAAACGUUAGAAGAAAAACUAAUCCCGCCGGAGUCACGACGACCGCGAAGGGAGCCACACCAAAGAGUAGAUCAAAUAAGAAUACGAAUAACAAUGAUAAGAAGAAAUCAAACAAUAAUGGAAGACCAGACAGUAUAGAGAACGUGACGGAUAAUAUUAUGAAUGAUUUACAUUGCGUCGGGGCGCAGCAGAAUCUGUCGCACGAUCCUUCUAUCAGCCCGAUGUCGCACACGGGCAUGAAUCCGGGGCACGCGAUGACACAGCACCACCUCCACAUGAUGGGCAUGCACGGCAUGGACCCGGGCAUGGUGGCGAGCCUGGCGGCGCAGGCGCACGGCUCGCCCGCCAGCGCCGGCUGCGGCUCCGGCAUCAGCCAGUCCAACCAGCCCGUCAUCAAGUCGGACUACGGUCUAACCGCCUUAUAAUGUGUAAAGAAAUAAAUCUAUAUUUUCCUCUAUGAACUUUCAGUUUUCUUACCAUUCCUUUGUGUCGAUAAUGUGUAAAGUGAUGAUUAAAAUUUAAUUAAUUUAAGAUUAUUUUAAGUUGUGUAAUAUUUAGGGUAACCAGUCAAAUAAUUGGAUGUUUGGAUAGAUAAGUGGGGAACUUUACAAUGUCAAAGUGUGAUUAUUAAUUAUUUUAGGCUAUAGGUUCUUCGAGUGUUGGGUUUGUACAUUGCGCUUCAAGUCAUUGUCGUCAUCUAUACUUUAAUGAGCAGUAUUACAUUAUCUUAGUUUGAUGUCUUUAAUACAAAUAUUUUUAUUUUAUAAAUGCCUAAGUAUAAAAUAAUCAUUGUUAUAUUUACAGCAAUUUUGUAAAGUUACCAUAAUAUAUAUUACAUUUAAGAGAGUGUAUAAAAUGUCGAUUUUCAUUCUAUAUGUUGUGGAUAUACAGUUAUUUAUAUUUUUGUAUUGUAUAAAAGUAGUAAUUGUGUAUAAUCAUCAGUUAAUUGGCAAUGACUUAGGUUUAGGUACAAAUUCUUGGCAUUUAGUUUUAAAUGAUAAAUUGUUUUGUAACUAAAAUAGGAGAAAUGUGAAUACGAAACCAAUAAAAUAGUAUGAGAAACUAAACUGUUAUUAUUGACAUUUAUUCAUUACUGAAAAAAAACCUGUAUAUUUAAAUAGGUACAUAUAAAAGGUCAAUUCCGUGUUUUUCUUAGAGUCGUGAUACGUUUUGGUUAUAAACUUUUUUGAGUAGGUACUUAUGAAAAAUCAAUUCUACCCUUUUGAGAGAGACCGAAUGUCUAAGACACCUUCUCCACUAAAAUUCUCACUUGUCCACUAAAAUAUUGCGCAAUGAUGACCAUUAUUAUUAAUAUAAUUAACCUUAAUCAUGAGGAAGCCUCCCAUGGUACGCAUACCCAUAGUGCCCAAAGAUAAGACAGUGAGAAAGGGAGACAGUCCAAAUAGUUUUUUUUUAUAUAGUUAUGAGUUGGUGGUUAUCACACUUAAUUUUUUUGCCAAAUACUACUAAAUGAUUAAAAAAAGACAAUUAUGUCACAUAGCUUCACUACAGUAUAGCUUUUAAACAUUAGAUAUAACUCCUAUAUUUGCUAAACUAUUAUAUAAUAUAGCAUUUUUUUCUUUAUAACGACCACUUCUAGAUGCGAGGUUAAAUUGCAUUACAAAGAAUAGGCUGUAAAAAUUGUAAGCAUAGUAGGUACAUGUCAGCAUCCACGAUGACGCGCAGGUUUGUAAAAACUAACCUUUGGUAACAUAACAUUACGUGUCAAAGCAUGCGUCUCCAUGAAUGACACGAUCUAUAGUCUACCUAUAGCGGAUGAAACAACGUAUUUCCUAAAGUAACUGCAUACCAUCGUGGAAUAUUUUUCCAAAUACAGAUAGCUCUACAGUUCACGUUCAAAAGUAUCACAGAUUAAUUGUCCUAAAUAGAGACAUAUCUCUUUUUGUUAAGAUAUCACUAUUACCAUUUACUAAUAUACUUUUGGCGCAUAGUCUGGUCCGCUACUUUUCAUGUAGACUGUACCCAUUCGAUUGCAAACAAAACAAGAUUACGCACGAAUCACCUAGCGCUUCACAAUUCACACAAUUAAAACAGCGCUUACUAACAUUACAAACCUCAAGAAGAUACCCAAUCGGCAUCGCCUCGAUAUCAUAACCUUGUGACAUUCGUAUCGAACGAAAUGAAAGCAAAAAUCGUAAUGUAUUCGUUGAAUGUGGAAUCAUCCAUCAACGUCGCCGGCUCAUUGUGUGGCCCGCACGCAACGUCUUCGUACACUCGGUGGAAAUACGUCUUAACAAUACUAUGGACACCGACUAUGAGAAGGCGGUCAAGCUCACGUUAUUUUUUGUUGUAAGCUGUAUAUUAUAUAUAGCUAGCCGACCGUAUAUCUAUGGAGAAUAGUGGAAAUUAGAGCAGCUCGGCCUAG